AUGCCGGCACCGAAAAGAACAGCUUCAGACAGCUUUUCCUCCUCACAACAGCUGGUAGUGAAAAGGCAGAAGUCCGAUGCCAAUCUCAGCAAUGGCUCAGCCAUUGCAGUUGUUGGCAACAAUGCACAGAAUGGCGCGCUUGUUCAACCGGUUUUGCGAACCAGUGGGCUGGAAGCUCCGAUCAUGGAACUUACAGGUCACUCCGGAGAAGUAUUCUCCACGCGGUUCGACUCAACAGGUCAACAUAUUGCAUCUGGGUCAAUGGACCGCUCCAUCAUGCUCUGGCGCACCUACAGGCAGUGUGAGAACUACGGAGUCAUGACAGGUCACAAAGGCGCCAUCCUGGAUCUUCAAUGGUCGCGCGAUUCUCGAGCGAUAUUCUCGGCAUCAGCAGAUAUGACGGUAGCAAGCUGGGAUCUAGAAUCUGGCCUGCGGCUGAGGAAGCAUGUGGGACAUGAGGAGGUAAUAAAUUGUCUGGACGUCAGCAGAAGAGGUUCCGAAAUGCUUCUGAGCGGUAGUGAUGACGGAUAUAUUGGUAUUUGGGACCCCCGUCAGAAAGAAGCCAUUGACUUCAUCGAAACGGAUUUCCCCAUCACCGCAGUAGCACUAGCUGAGGCGGGGAACGAAAUCUAUUCCGGAGGUAUCGACAAUCAAAUCAAGGUUUGGGAUGCACGAAAACAGGAAGUCAUCUACACUAUGAGUGGCCAUACAGACACAAUCACAUCACUCCAGGUCUCACCUGACUCCCAGACCCUCCUGUCACACUCACACGACUCUACUGUCCGGACUUGGGACAUUCGACCAUUUGCUCCUGUGGACCGGUCGAUGCGAACCUAUGAUGGAGCGCCGGUAGGUCUCGAAAAGAAUUUGAUGAGGGCAAGUUGGGAUCCCACAGGUCGCAGAAUCUGCGCGGGAGCAGGAGAUAGGACGGUGGUCGUGUGGGAUACAAGAUCUGGCAAGAUGCUGUACAAAUUGCCGGGCCACAAAGGGACCGUCAACGAUGCACGAUUUUCACCAACAGAAGAGCCCAUCAUCGUCUCUGGUUCGUCAGACCGUAAGCUUCUUCUCGGCGAGCUUGGAAAGUAG